AUGGGCAUUAUUCCCGAGAACGAUACAGGCCAGGACAAUCAUCCUCGCAGGGAUAUCAUAAUGAGUCUCCAACAAAUGCUCCAAGAGUCAAACAGCUAUGUCCGCGGUUUUAAGUAUGCUCUCGAAAAUAACACUACUUCUGAUUUCAUUAUUGUAAUUGAUGCUGACAAACAGCCUCAGAGAGAGCACGAACGUCGUUACAAUGCUCCCGCAAGUAACGAAGUUUCCGUCAUUGUCAGCGGUGAUCAGCACAACAGACUUGACAUUGUUAUCGAAUCGCGCGGCAGUGGUCUCCGAAGAAUCAGUGAAACGCACCGGUCCAACGAUGCACUGCAAUACCCACAUCUCUUCCCUUACAGAGGAUAUGGGGCUUUCUACGCCUACCUAUUGAAUCAGACCAAGUUGCGCUGCGAACUUUUCCUUCAUAUUCACCUCCGUGAUGCUUUACGAAAUGACGCUGAUCCAUGCAAUAUAGCCAACAUGUGCAUACUACCUGCAACGUUCACAGGCAGUCCAAGAUACAUGCACGCGAGGACACAAGACGCGAUGACAUACGUUCGUAAGUACGGCCGAACAGACCUAUUCCUAACUUUCACGUGUAACCCAAAAUGGCAGGAAGGUUCCGUACGUAGACAAAUCCAGGACUUCCUUGCAGGGCGCGUCAUUAGCAGAACAGAGGGCCCUUGGCAUAUAUUCAGCUUCCCCAUCCACGAACGCUUCCCAGCAAUCGUCCAGAUUGCAGUGCACCUAGAAAACGACGAACUUCGUUAUUUUUCUGAGGAUACAACAAUGGAUGUGGCUGCGCGUACCAAAGACACAACACUUACAGCGUUCUUCAAACUUUAUCGACAGGACGAAUUUGCUACGACUUUACUGUAA